CUCGACUCCAACAACAACAACAACAACGCCCCCCUCCCGAACCCCCCCUGAAAAUAGUCACCAAGUACAGCUCUUGUCGCCAUGUUCGGAUUAAGUACCAGACGGUCCGCGGUGACGCACUCCAGGUGCCUUUCCAAGGCCACCAAGACCACCCGCACAUCAGCACAACGUCCAGCACAAUCGCAUUCCCUGCUCUCGACCAGAGACUUCCACUCCAGCCAGUCUCAUGCCGCAGUCCGACCGACGUGGAUGCCCAUGCGUGUGAAGACGCCCUGGGUCGAUGCGCUGACCAAGAGCCGCGAGACUGCGCAGUCCAGCCAAACUGCGCCGGCCCCGUCGGCGAAACCCGACUUGACGCCGAAGAAGAUGUCGGACAGCUAUUAUUGUGCCGUCCUACCCUUAGCUCAGGAUAAAUGGCUUCUGGAUUCAUAUCUCAAUGCCUCCGGGCAUAUCAGACUGGGAUCGUUGUUGAUGGACCUCGAUGCGCUGGCCGGUGUCAUUGCCCACAGACACGCCGGAGAUGCUGUCGCAAAUGUCACGGCUGCCGUGGAUCGGAUCACUAUCGAGAACCCGCUAAUGGAGAUCUGCGAUCUCGAACUUAGCGGCCAGGUUACGUAUGCUACGGGGCGCUCAAGUAUGGAGAUUUCCAUCCAGGUGGCCAAGGCUCCUGCUCCAGGACAGAAUGUCGAGCCUGAGGAUGUUCUGAUUACCUGUGCUUUCACGAUGGUGUCGCUGGACCCGACGACCAAGAAGCCCGUCCCCAUCGCUCCUCUCGUGGUCGACACUCCCGAGGAACGUCUUCUCUUCAAAAAAGGCGAAGAAAACUACCAAGCCAAGAAGUCUCUACGGUCCAAGAGCCUCCUGGAAAAGGCUCCCGAUGCCGAAGAGAGUAACCUAAUCCACGCCAUGUGGACAAAGGAAAUGUCCUACCUCAACCCCUCAUCCCUCGCCCAACGACCCGCCAACGACAUCUUCAUGACCGACACUGUCCUCAAAUCCGCCAUGAUCAUGCAACCGCAAGACCGCAACCGCCAUAACUUCAUGAUAUUCGGUGGCUUCCUACUCAAGCAAACCUUCGAGCUAGCAUUCUGCUGCGCCGCAUCCUUUGCCCACGCCCGACCCAAUUUCGUCUCCCUGGACCCGAGCACGUUCGAGAACUCUGUGCCCGUCGGGAGCGUACUGUAUCUGCGUGCGACAGUCGCGUACACAGAGCCACUGGAGCGCGAGGGACUGGAGAGCAAGUACACCAAGGUGCGGGUGCGCGUGGACACGAAGGUCCGGGAUGUGGAGCACGGGACGAAGAAGCCUACAGGCAUGUUCAGCUACACGUUCUUGGUGGAGAAGGAUGUGCAGGUGAUGCCGAAGACGUAUAGCGAGUUCAUGGUGUGGACAGAUGCGCGCAGACGGUCGGAGAAUGCGGCUGCCAUGGCGCCGGGGUCGAGAGAGCCAAGCGCACUCAGAGGAUUGAAGGAUAGUGUGACUGAGUAGAUGGGCUGUGGUAUUUUUCUAUUCUUGAUCUGUUCUAUGUCGUUUGUAUAUGCGCGAUACCUGGUCUGAUUCGAUGUAACAUACUGUUGUCCUACCACGAAAGACUAUCUUUCUUUGGCAAAUUAAAGACAUAUUCCCAUAAUGC